GUUAUUGCGCGAGUUUGGAAUUUCAGUGAGUAACGGUUGAGUCGCGAGAGGAAACCGUUGAAGAGGCUUUUGCUGUUGCUUCACAGACCCAGCGCUUCUGCGAAGGACUCUGACUACGAGAUACUCAAUGAAGGAGAGAAGGUCCUGCCAGAAACUCUCACUUCAGCCCGGAAUGGACCCGAGUCAGAGUGUGAAAUGCAAGAUAGUGGUCGUGGGGGACAGCCAGUGCGGGAAGACCGCUUUACUUCACGUUUUCGCGAAGGACUGUUUCCCAGAGAAUUACGUCCCCACCGUAUUUGAGAAUUACACCGCAAGUUUUGAGAUUGACACCCAAAGAAUUGAGCUCAGUCUGUGGGAUACAUCAGGCUCUCCAUACUAUGAUAAUGUACGACCACUCUCCUACCCUGAUUCGGAUGCUGUCAUCAUCUGCUUCGACAUCAGCCGCCCAGAGACCCUGGACAGUGUCCUCAAAAAGUGGAAAGGCGAGAUCCAGGAAUUCUGCCCUAACACGAAGAUGCUGCUUGUUGGCUGCAAAUCAGACCUGAGAACAGACCUCACUACAUUAGUGGAGUUGUCCAAUCACAGACAGACUCCAGUGUCAUAUGAUCAGGGUUCUGCGAUGGCUAAGCAGAUUUCGGCUCCAUACAUCGAAUGUUCUGCGCUGCAGUCAGAGAACAGCGUUCGGGACAUUUUCCAUGUGGCGACGCUUGCCUGCGUCAACAAGAACAACAAAAACAUAAAACGCAACAAAUCUGCACGCUCCAAUAAGCGCAUCUCGCACAUGCCCAGUAGGCCAGACUUGGCUGCGGUGGCAACGGACCUACGGAAGGACAAAGCAAAGAGUUGCACGGUCAUGUGACUCAAUCUGAAGGAAGAUAUUCUGGGAAUUGCAGGGGGAGAAUAGAGGGAGGAAGGGAAAUUGUGCAUAUCCCUCCGUCCAUACACAUUGAGUAAAGAAAAGAGAAAGAAGAGGAGGGGAAAAAGGGGAGGAGAGAGGGACACUGCACACAAAGUCCCUUCUUCCUCUCUUGGUUAGUGAUUCCAUAUGCAUCAUUUCACUUCCUGUAGCAUAAGUGCUGACAGCUAUUGGAAGCAGUUUUAAUGCCAAGCCCUACCCACUCCCCUAACUUUAUCCAUUCAGCAAGAGGAAGCCCCUCCCUCUCAACCAAUGGAAGGCCUUGCUUCCGGCUUCUGGAAGCGACACGACUUCCUUUCAGAACGGUUAUGACAGGGUGGCAAGCUGGAAUCUGUGGCCUCAGCAGGAAAUAUGAAGAGGAACUGGUGCCACAAGCAUCAAAUAUAGGAUUUAGCAUAUCUGUCUUUGUUUUUGUUUGUUUUUUUUUCCAUUUGAAUGAGAAGAUCACCAGGCUGGUGUAUAAAUCUUCAUAACGGGGGAGAGAGAGACAGAGUGAGAGAAGACAGGACUGGGAACAGAAAAAGAGCAAGUGGGAAUGAUGAGUAAAUUCUUGAACUGGUGUAUUGCAGACAAACGAAACUUUUACUUCUCUUUAAGCCACAAAUAACAUGAAGAAGCGAAACGACAGCCCAAUCACUGUGGUUUUGAAUCACUUCCCUUUCUGUGAGGCUAUUUGUCCAUAGCUGCUUGUCCAAUUGUUUAUUUAAGUUUAUAGCUGAGCUCAGCUAAAAUUCUGUAGUGUUCCAUUGUCACCAUGGAUGCACAAUCCUUCGAUUAGUCUUUACUUAUAUUCCGACCAAACAGCAAAUCACGCUCCCUGAGGGUUAUCUUUUAACCAAAGAAGAAUUUGUGUGGUUGAGUCCUGUGACUUGCCACUGCAUCAGAUUGAGAUGGACGUACAGUGGAGCUCGUGUCUCAGUAAAGAUGUGUAACGAGACCACAUGAUCUACGGCAUUGACUGGGUGUGGCAAAACAGAGGUUGCUUUGAGCUUUCAGUUAACCCUUAGAAGUCGGGUUAUUGCCACUGACCGCAAAUGAGGAAAUUCUGUCAAAUGUGUAGAUUCUAAACUUUUAAUCAAUGCCACGUGUGCUUAUACGUGGAAGAGAUGUAAUGAUUUGCCUUUGCUAAGACGUUAUUGUUGUGUACAGCCUUUACAUUCUUGCCAUGUGGAUAAUUUGUUGAAUUUGAAGAAUUUGGAAGUCCAGACUUGAAUCUGUCGAGAUUGAAUGUAAGUGUAAUUCUUUGCAUAACUAUGUAAUUUAUCAUUAAAUCGCAUUGGAAAAUGACAAUAACUUGACUUCUAUGGGUUAACUUGCAUCAUAGGUUUAACUGCGUUAUCUAAUUACUGCUGUUUUGGUUUAAUUAUAACUCCUAACUAGCAGCUAUUAAAGAACUGUGCUAAUAAUAAUGAUGCUGAUAUCUUAAGUGAAUUGGCCCAAAAGCUCAUUAGUCAAAGGCAUUUUCUACACCAUUCAUGUGCUUUGUCUCUGAUCUUACUUGUCCCUUAUGCGACAGGCUUACUGUCAUGUAAUGUGUAUUGUGAGAAGCUACAUUUAAAGCUUAAUCCCAGAGUAUUUGUUGAAUGUUUUUCUUUGUAUGCGCAGUCUGAGAGGGGCAAUAGCCUUGAGUCAGGGCAAAGAGCUGCACAGUCAAGUGAACGAAUCUGAAGGCUUCUUCUAAACUAUGCAGUUUGUUUCCUUAUGUGAGAGAGAGAGAGAAUGUGGACGUCAAUGGGUGAAGGACACAGUGGUGAGAGAACCAGGCGAAAGAUGCAUUUCUCUAAUCAGUGCCACAGAAAGAGGCACUACCCUCAGCGCAAAGGUGAUGCUUGGAAAUCUUAGGCUGACAUGCCAUUGUGUGCGUAGCAGGUCAGUGAUUGCACUUUGAGGUCCAUCUUAAAAAAAGAAACAAAAUAGACAGCUUCUCUUAUCUUCUGUUCUCUUUCUAACAGAUUCCUUUAGACAGUUUCUUCCACUAUGAUCUGGUAUUCACAUAGGCAGUAUUACCACGUUUCACUUUUCCUAAGUGUUAGUGCAAGAGUAUGUGUAGGUGAUGAAAGUUGCUUCAUAAGUAGGCAAUCUUGUUUUAUUUUAUUAAAAUCUGUAUGUUUGUUCUGUUUGUCGACAUAAUAUUUAUUGAAUUGUUCCCUUUUGCCCUCCUAAUAAAUGUAGAAUCAAAAGAAUCUC